AUGAGAACGAUUUUUAUUAUAUUAUUAAUAUUAACAGUUUAUAGCUUUUACUCAUCAGCUGAUAAAUUAAGUAAAAUGAAAAAGAAUGCAAGAUUCAGAGAUGAAUAUUUUGCUCAAGCUAAUGCUGAUGAGUAUCCGGCACAUAUAAUUGAAUCAGUUCAUUCGAAUAAUCCAGAUACUCCGAAAAUAAAAAUACGUUUAGCAAAUGCAGACGAUGAUGACGAUGACGAUGCAACUAUUUCUAUAGCUACUGAAAAUGAGCAAGACGACGACGACAACGACGACGACGAAGAAGAAGAACAUUUGCCAAUUAAAAAAACAAAAUCAUCCAAAUCAAAAAUUGACGAUAUUCAUUCUUUUCUUUGA